AUGUCAACGCCACCCCGAGAAACUAUUCAAAAACAAAUUCAACAAGAUUGGGCAAACAGAGAGUAUAUAGAAGUCAUUACAGGAAGUAUUAAAAAAAUAACAGAUUUUCUUAACUCUUUUGAUAUGUCCUGUCGAUCACGUCUGGCUACAUUAAAUGAAAAAUUAACCUCAUUAGAAAGAAAAAUAGAUUAUUUGGAAGCCUGUGUGACAAAAGGAGAAACUUUGACUUAA